AUGCAGCGUCUCCAUCGGAUUAAGUUCAAGUUCAUGCCGGACAGCCAGCCCUUCUCCUUGGCGGCCAACAUCGCGGCCAACCUGCAGGUGCACCCGGCCUCGGAGGUGUUGGCGGGGCCCGUGCUCCUCUACGACUUGGAUCCGGAUACCGCGCAAUCGGUCGUGGAUUGCCUCACCCUGGAUGCCGUGCGGGUGACACACCAGGCAAAGGUUCUGGACGAGCGCUGCACGGAUCGGGACACCAGCUAUGACUCUCCUAUGAAGUUCGAGGAGAUUCCGGACUCCUGGCGCGUAGCCUGGUCUAAGGCGCUGCACCCAGGCGGCGUGGAGGAAGCCCUUGCCGCCGCGACGAAGCUGGGCCUGGCGCUGCCGAUGCCCAACCCCUUCAUCCCCGAAGACCUCCAGCAGAAGGUGCUGCCAGAGCCCAACCCCCCGCUGCCGGUGCGGCUGAAGCCUGGCAGUCCGGUGGUCAGCUACGUCUUCCAUCGCCAGGAUGACCAGUUUCUGCAGCCGAAGGCGCUCUUCCUCUGCGUGCUGCGAUCGCCCUUCCUGGCCACGGACGCCCUGGCCAUGCUGAGGGCCUACGUCUGGGCGCACUUGGUGCAGGAGGCGCUCAGCGAGUACGCCUACGAUGCGGAGAUCGCCAGCUGCUCCUAUCACCUGGAGGCGGCAGACGGGGGUAUCAUUUUGAUGGCAGGCGGCUUCCACGACAAGCUUGGGGUUCUCAUCCAGGCUGUGGCGCGAAAGAUGCUGGAGAUUGGCACCUCCUCUCUGGAUUCUGUGCCGGAGAACUUCUAUCGCAUCGUCGUGGACCGCCUCGGGGAUGCGCUGCGGAACCAGGCCUACCACUCCCAGCCACUGCAGCAAGCGUCGCAGCGCUUCAGCGAGCUCACCAAGCGGGGGGGAAAUUUCCCGCCCGAGGCACGGGCAGCGUAG